GUUCACGUGUUCACAUGGCGCAACAGAGGGACGCACGCGCGGCGAAAGAAACUCUCCUCAUUAACUCAUGAGCGGCGACACGCGCACACUCACCGAUUCUCUUCCACCGUACGUGCGGUUAGCGGGGCACAAUCCGCAUCGGCCGGGCUGCCGUCACCUCUCGUCGCCGGCGAAGUGAAGCGUGGCGGCCACCGGUGGCUCGACUUUUCCUCUCCUGACUCCGCAGCAUGGAGGCGGUGGCGCUUUUCUCCUUCGCGGCAUCCGAAGCGGACGAGCUGAGCUUCCAGAAAGGGGACGUGGUCAAGGUGACAGAAAUGGAGGAGCAUUCUUGCUGGUUCACGGCAGAGAUCGAAGGCAAAAGGGGCUACGUGCCGGAAAACUACAUUUCGCUUCUGCCUCAUCCGUGGUUUGCGGGUCGGGUGUCGAGGCUGGAGGCGGAGCGGCGUCUGCACUGGCGGGAUAGCGGCGUCUUCGUGGUGAGGGAGAGCGAGUCGGCUCCCGGAGAGUUCUCCGUCUCGGUUAGCUACGGCGACCGGGUGGAGCAUUUCCGGGUGCUGGAGGGGGGCGGUCAGUACUGCAUCUGGGACGAGUCCUUCGGCUCCCUCAACCGGCUGGUGGACUUCUACAGGACUCACAGCAUCGCCGUGGAGAAGGUGGUCUGCCUCCGAGACCCCCCCCCGGACGUGUCCCCCCGCCAGGCCUCCCACGGUGGCCGCAACCCUUACGCCAACCCGUACAAGAGCGCCUCUUUGGAGUCGCUGCCUUCGGCCCGCCUCCACGGCCUUCACCCCCUGAGAGAGUCGUCCUCCGUUCAGCUGCUGGAACACGUUUUGGGGAAACCUCGGCUGGCUCACGCCCUGUGCGACUACGCCCCGCCGCACACCGCCCACCUGCACUUCCUGCGCGGCGACCUCAUCGACCUGCUGGACUGCUCCGGCUCACGGUGCUGGAGGGGGCGCUGCCGCGGGCGGGUGGGGGUCUUCCCGCCGCAGUACGUCCAGCCGCUGUACCACUGACGACGACGCAUCCUGUCAAACUUGGACCACGAAGGUUUUUUCGCAACGCGAACCGAUUUGCGUUCGCAGUUUGGAGGUUCCGCCGUACGGUUAAAAUGUGACGUUAUCUCGUGAAAUCUUCUGCUUCCCAGAAUUCAGAAUUUGAAUUUUUGUACACUUGACGCCAGCUCGUUUGUCUCACAGAUACUUUUGUGUCACUUUACCCUUUGUGUGAAUCGCACUAAAGAGAAGCUUUAAUUAGUUUUCAUGCAAUUGCACUUGUCAGGCAGCAACGCUCAAUAUUUGCACGCUAUAACUUUUGAAAUGAUCUACUAUGACGACCAAAUAACAGAGAUAUAUUCUAUGGGAAUAGGAUAAAUAGGUUUAUAGCAUAUUUGAGUAAAUAUCCUUUAUGUUGCAAACCCGUGUUUUUCGUCCUG